AUGUCAUUAAAUGAUAAAUUCCUCCAAACACUUCAAGACAAUCAGCUUGUCACUUUAGCAGUUGCUUCUUUAGCAAUAGUUGGAGCUUUGUCUUUAUCUUCAAAGAUUUUGAGUUUUUUGAAGUUAAUAUUUGAUGUUUAUGUGCGACCAGGAAAAAAUUUAAAAAACUUUGGGGCCGGAAGAGGAGCCUGGGCAGUUAUUACUGGAGCUUCUGAUGGAAUUGGAAAAGAAUUCGCUUUACAAUUGGCAGCUGCCAAAUUUAAUAUUCUUUUGAUAUCUCGUACUAUGUCUAAAUUACAAGAAUUGAGCGAAGAAAUUGAAAAGAGAUAUCAAGUUGAUACAAAAUUAUAUGCAAUGGAUUUUUGCAAGGGUGAUCCAAAAGAUUAUGAAAAAAUAAAAGAAAUAAUUAGUACAAUUGAAGUUGGAGUAUUAAUCAAUAAUGUUGGUACAAAUCACGAAAUUCCAACUCCAUUUAAUCUUGAAACCGAUGAAAUUGUUCAUAAUAUUGUUGAAUUACAAAGAUCAAAUAAAGGUCUCAUUCUUAACAUUGGAUCAUUUUCUGGAAUGAUGGGUACACCAUAUUUAUCAGUAUAUUCUGGUUCAAAAGCAUUUAUGAAUACGUGGUCACAAGCAAUAGGAGCUGAACUUAAAUCUAAAGGAAUUGUUGUUGAACAUGUUAAUACCUAUUUUGUGGUUUCUGCCAUGUCAAAAAUACGAAGAGCAUCUUACUUAAUUCCAUUACCGAAACCUUAUGUUAAAUCCAUAUUAACUAAAAUCGGAGUACCUGGUGGUGCUUCUUGGGUACCUUUUAGUUCCAUUAAUUAUCCUCCUCAUGCUUUUUUUAGUUGGUUCCUGACAAAUUCAUUUUCUUGGAGUUUUUGGGUAAAUAAAGCAUUAGCUCAACAAGAAGAUAUCAGAAAACGUGCUUUAAGAAAAAGAGAAAGAGAGGCAGCAGCAGCAAAAUCUCAAUGA